AGCAACUACACUCGGGAAAUCCAAUGCUUCGUAAACAGGGAAUGCUUGAUUAAGAGGGAAACUUUCAUUAAAGAAUAGAAUACACAAUUUCGUUAAACCCUAUUCCACCCCGGGGCUUUGUGACGGGGCAAAUUGAAUCGAUCCUGAGCACGUGUGCUAAUGGAUGUUGUCCACGUAUUUAGAUGCCGCCAAUAAGACUUGAUGGCGCAAGCUAAUUUAGAGAGGGAAAAACCACUUGAAUUGAAUUCUCAGUUCCACAGAGCUCCGUGGAAUAACAAACAGAACUGAAACGAAAGAAUAUGGAGGAGGUACAGAUCGAAAUGAGAGCGAUGAAUGAAGUGGAUCUCCUAGAUCCUAAUCCAGACAUUCGUGCACUCUUUUGCCAUUACAAUCAGUUAUAUUUCAACAAUGCUUUAGGGGCAUGUACCGUCGAUUGGAGUUCCAAGCGCAUGACCCUCUGUGCAGGUAUUUGCCAGUAUAUGAAAAUGGGAGGGUGUGCUAUACGGCUUUCGGAGCCUUUAUUAAAGUUUCGUUCAACCACUGAUUUGAAAAAUACCUUACUGCAUGAAAUGAUUCAUGCAUACUUGUGGCUUACUGAUAGGAAUAAGGACCACAAUGAUCAUGGCCCUUGCUUUCAAAAGAUGAUGAUGGAAAUAAAUUCUAGCACGCUACCUGAUCACCAGAGGCCUGCAUGUGGUUAUUCUCUAAGUAUUUAUCACAACUUCACUGAUGAAGUUGACAAUUAUAGAACCCACCAUUGGAAGUGUCAAAUUUGUGGAGACCUAAUAAGGAGGGCCAUGAACAGACAACCUUCAGCUUCUGACUGUAUGAGAAGGGUUAUCCAUAAUGAACUCUGUAAUGAUACUCGUUGCCAUUGGCAUCAACAUCAAAAAAAUUGCUGUGGGGAAUACAUAAAGAUAGCUGAGCCCGCAGCGUAUCAGGAGAAGAGAAGACGUAUAAAGAUUUCUGGUUGGUUAACAAUAAAUUUUCAUGAAGAAGAUAAUUUCAUGUCUUAUUGGAAGAAUGUGGAAUUUCGUUUUUCUUUAGACCCUUCUACAUUGAGAACUUGUGCAUUUUGAGUUAAUACAUUGCAUCAAUUUUUGCAGUGG